CCAGGCUAAUGUUUCAAACAGAUCGAAUUGGUGGGUACGCUACCAGGAGCGCCUCGACAAAAUGUAUAGCAAGUUCGUGGAAGAUACGGAGAAGGAGGCUAGGAGGAAAGAGGAAGAGGAGAAGGAGAAAGCUAAAAAAGAGGAGGAGGAAAAGCGUUGCUUAUGGGUUAAGGAGCGUGAAGAGUUUGAAGAAGCCAUGGGCACGCAUCUCGAGAAAAGGCUUGACGCCUUGGGAGUUAUGAGGGGAAAAUCUGUGGAUGAUGGGACCACUGGGUGCAGCAGUGAUGAGGUCUCUAGAUUGCGCAGAGAAAACGAAGAUCUCAAGAAGAAACUCAGCGAGGCUUUGUGUCAUUCAGGUGAUGAUCGGGUUCUGUACUUACAGAAGGAGGUGAUGGAACUGCGGCGGCAGGUGGCGGGUAAACAGGUGAAUGAGGAUGCGAUUCUUGCGUUGAAGGAGGAAAUAGGGGAGCUGAUCAAUUUUGAGCAGGAAAUUGCCGGUUUGCGCAAGGAGGUGAACCUGCUACGGGAUCAGAAUGCGCGUGUUAUUGCGGAGGCCGGGCAGUGGAAAGAGGAGGCAUUGAGACCAGGUAACAAACGUGGCUGCGUGGCGAUGCAGACGCCUGACUGCUCUAAUCGGGGAACUCGAAAACCUCGACGAUCUGAGGUUCUUGAAGCUCUCAAGGAGAAGCGUGCGGAAGCUGAGAUGAAACGUAUGGAGGCCGAGAAGCAUGUCAUGACCCUUGAAGAGCAGAUGAGCCGCCUGAUGGCCGGUGGUGAUAACGACAACGCCCCGGGUGGAACCAACCUGAAGGAGCGCCUUGAGGAAGUUGCGGUUCGAUCAGCUAGGAAGGGAAUGAAAGCAACUCCAAGGAGAGCGGGUGGACCUGCUGCUCCUGCAGCCGAGAAUGGUCUGGAGUCAUCAGCGAAGAAGUCUACACACACCGUUGCCAAUGAUCGUGCUGAAUUUGUCGAGGAGCAGAAGAAGCAACUCCGCAUGUUGAGAAAGAUUGGUUUGGAACCCCUGUGCAAGGAAGAGGGUGUGAAGCUCGGUAAGUUUGAGGAUACGAUAUGCGAGUUGGCCGAGGCUCGCGCUCGUAAGGCUUUUGGGGAUGGUAAGGGUAUACCACCCAAGCAAGCUUACGAGAUCCAGGAAGUGAGUGAAGACACUUCGAGGGAGGUAAGCAACAAUUGAGGACGAGGAAGUGAGAUCUGUUGAGUUAUAGGGGGGUUUCCCGAACGUGGCAAAUCCCGAGAUUUGCAAAAGAAGUAGAGCAAUCAUCACACGAGAUUGACUCAUUCAUUGAUAAGGCAUCCAUAGGGAUUGCGAGGAGGAGAAGAGCAACAUCACACAAGAUCUGCCCAUUCAUUUCGAGAGUACUCCGAGAAACAAAGCGACAACCAAGGAGAGACACGACAUCUCAGAAGAACAAAGCUGAAACAAAGUGCUUAUUCCCAA